UUCUCAGGUGUCAUAAUUUCCGGCGGUACCUGAAGGCAGCAUGUUGAAGUGGCCUGUGUGAUAUAUGAGGUGUCCACUUGAUGUCACUAUAACUUUUAACUCACCAUGCAGGACAAGUCAGAGAGUCAGACACUGAAGCCUAACUUUAAAAACAAAAUCCUGAAAAUUGAUAAUGUGUCUUGAAGUAAGAGAUUAGAUUCUUAGACUGUGAUUGGCUGCGAUCAGAGUAACUUUAUUUUGUUGCUGAUCUGCGGUUAGAUAGCAUUCAUAUGAUGAUUUAAAAAAAAAAUGUCUGCGCAAGGAUCUGCAGUCGCGCACUAACAGGCAACACAGAGAUGAGUCCCGCCUCUUUGACAUCCAAAACGGACUGUGUAAAGGACCAACCAACGAACCCACCCACCUAGGAGAAUAGAAAAUCCUUCGGACAUCACCGGAGAGCAUCAUUCCUGCAUCUGGACGGGUGUGGAGUGAAGCGUCUGGAUGAGAACAUCCGGCGAUACCUCACAACGCAGCUCAUAAGACUGCAAAACAUGAGGCUGCUGAAGAAAGUUAAAAAUCCCACAUCCAGCUGCGCCAGGUAGUCUGCUGCGACUGGAACUGCAAUCAUGUAGCCACUUUUUUUGUGAUGAAUUCAGAAAGGUGUGUGAUCAGUAGGUACCAUACAAGACAGUUUGGAGAGUAGUUUAUAGAUUGAGGUGAACUCUCGGUGCGUAGAAGGCAGAAACAAGACAGAUAGAGGUUUAUUUGCGCUCUUGGUCCCGUCCACUCCAGCCAAACAUGGCAAGGCUGCGGAGGAAAGCUUGCAUAGCUCUGUUUCUCUUUACACUGUUCAUAUUCGGGACUAUGAUGGGACUGAGGACCCUGAAGCCUAGUGACGGCUUCUCGGAUUUGGCUCCGGGCUUGGAGCUCCUGCCGAUGAUAGGGGGGAAGAUGGACCGGCGCUCGGUGUCCCGCGACACCACCACAUCCCUGGGUCAAGCCCGCCCGGCUGGCAGCAACACCAAAGCAGUUUUGUCAAACUCAGGCCCCGAGGGGACAAUAUUUUAUGAUGUUCAUAUUUUUUACUACGUCUGGUACGGGAGCCCACAUAUGGACGGUAAAUACAUUCACUGGGACCACAUCCUGGUUCCACACUGGGACCCUAAAAUCGCAUCCAGCUACCCGAGAGGGAGACACAUGCCCCCCGAGGACAUCGGUGCCAGUUUCUACCCCGAACUUAACCCGUACAGCUCAAGAGACCCGGACGUGUUGGAAUCCCACAUGGAGCAGAUCGGUGCAUCUGCAGCAGGGGUUCUGGUGUUGUCCUGGUAUCCUCCUGGCCUGGCUGACGACUAUGGGGAACCCGCUGAGGAUUUGGUGCCAGCUGUGCUGGAUGCCGCAUAUAGACACAACCUCAAGGUUGCAUUUCACAUCCAACCAUACAGAGGACGAAAUGACCAGAGUGUGCAUGACAACAUCAAGUAUAUCAUUGACAGGUACGGUGACCAUGGAGCCUUCUACAAGUUCACCUCCAGCACAGGGAAGAGUCUUCCUCUAUUUUACAUCUACGACUCCUACCUAACCCCUCCAGAGUCCUGGUCUGAAUUUCUGUCUGCUACUGGCUCCCACAGUGUGCGUGGUUCAGAUUAUGACUCCAUCUUCAUCGCCCUGAUUGUGGAGGAGCGCCAUAAGCAUGACAUCCUCGCAGGUGGCUUUGACGGCAUGUACACUUAUUUUGCAUCCAACGGCUUCUCAUUUGGCUCUUCUCACCAGAACUGGAAGGCCAUCAAGGCCUUCUGUGACGGCAACAAUCUCAUCUUCAUCCCCAGCGUGGGACCUGGCUACAUCGACACCAGCAUCCGGCCGUGGAACAACCACAACACCCGCAACCGGGUCAACGGCCGUUACUACGAGACGGCCCUGCAGGCGGCGCUGAACGUGCGGCCAGAGAUUGUCACCAUAACAUCGUUUAACGAAUGGCACGAGGGGACACAGAUAGAGAGGGCGAUGCCCAAAAAAACUGUCACCCGUGUGUACUUGGACUAUCAGCCACAUGGACCUGAUCACUACCUGGAGCUGACCCGGCGCUGGGUAGAGCAAUUCAACAAAGAGAAGGAGCAGUGGCUCAUGUGAGCUUUCAUUGAGAGGACUUGAAACAGCUCUAGUAGAUAUUUGUGUGUGUGUGUGUGUGUACACAUGAAAGACAAAGAACAAAAGAGACAGGGAGUGAAUGUAGGGAUUGAUCAGUAUAGAUGUGAGUGCAAAAUAAGAUGCAUUUACUUUUAACUUGACUUGAUGUGUCAGUUUCUGCAAGUCUGUAUUUGUGCACACAUUGUGAACUUUAAGGACACAGAGAUGAGGGUGUGUCUGUCAUGGUUCAGGUACAAGCAGCCCUCAGUUGUUAAGCUGGGGAAUUUUCUUCAACUCCAAUCGACAGCCCAGACUUUCAAAAUGAUCUGAAGGCCUGUUUCUGCUCCCUGUUCACCUGGUGCAACUUAAUGGACAAUUAGCUCAAACACUCCCACUAUCUGAGAAACUACUGCCUGAUAUAUCCAUACAUACUAUUUGUCAUCAACUCAAUGGUCUCAUUUCCCUUUCUGCGGUUAAAAUAAUGGAACUGAUCAUAAUAGCCAGACACUUGGAAAUUUGUUUUCAUCUACAACAGGCUCUCAAAGACAAUGAGGCACUAAUGCUGACUGAAGUUCAGAGGGCUUCAUAAAACGAUGGUUUGUGUUUAAAAGACAUUGGUAGAGGUUAAGCAAGCAGGUGAAGAGAGGUUUAGUUGCUGCUGUCAUGCAAAAAAUCCCAUAUCUUCAACGUGAUUAAAGGAAUAGUUCAGCA